AUGACGACGCCCAGACGGCGGAAGUUUAAGGCGGAGCCGCAGCAACAGCCAGCCAGUCUCCCUUCCCCUUCCCCUUCCCCUUCCCCCGCCUUCUUCCACGCCGCAAUCACCAGGGUUGCCGUCGCGCAGAUCUGCCUGGCCACGGGCUACUCCGCCGCGGAGCCCUCCUCCCUCCGUGCGCUCUCCGACAUUGCCGCCCUCUACCUCCAGGCCCUGGGCCGCGCCGCCGCUUCCGUGGCCGCCGCCCACCGCCGCACCGAUUCCAAUCUCCUCGACCUCGUGCGGGCGAUAGAGGAUCUCAGCGCCGCGAAGGGCUUCCCCGGCGGAUCCGACCCUACUGGGCAGCCGCUCCGCUCGUGCGCGCUCAGGGAGUUGAAGGAGUUUGUGGAGUUGGUGGAGGAGAUCCCCUUCGCGAAGCCGAUCCCUCGAGGGGGGGAGGAGGAGCAGAGAACAACGUGGAGGAGCUUUGCAGCUGCCGGCGAGGAGCCGCCCCCGCACGUGCCGUCGUGGCUGCCCUGCUUCCCGGAAGAGCCAAGAAAUAAGGAAAUGAAGGAGCAGAGAACGACGUGGGGGAGUUUCGCAGCUGCGGCCAGGGAGUCACCCCAGCAUGUGCCGUCGUGGCUGCCGUGCUUACCGGAAGAUAGGGAAAUGGAACCGUCGACGGAGAAGAAAAGGAAAACGGCGGUGGAAUUGCCCGCCGAGAGGGAAAAGGUUGUGUUUCGGCUGGGCUUCGGAAAGAGGAAGAAGCCAGCAGUUGGACACCGCGGAAAAUGGAAGGAAACAUAG